AUGGAAGCAGCCUAUGCCGCCACCCGUGGACCUGUGCCAAUCACGCCGUUGGCGAGGAUUCCAAGAUGGGAGCGCAGGACGGCGCCGGUUCGCGCGAAGAGCUGGAGGAGCCAUGGGGCCGCGUGUGCGGUGGCCUUGCGCAGCGCGAAGAGGAUUCUGGAGGAAACCAGAGAGCCAGCGCGAGUAGCCCGGGCCAGGAACGCUUUAGCCAGGCGCACGCGAGCCGCGCGGCUCGUCUUCUGCAGCCUGGAUCAAGCGGACGUCAUGGCCUGCCUGCGAACCAUGGACUUGUUUGGAGUGCAGUUUGCCGAAGUGGUCGGCGAGAGGAAGGAAGUUGGAGACACCUCCAAGAAUGCCAAAGCCUUCGUGACCCUGCAGCACUGGCCAGACGUACGAAGCUGUCAAGUUGAAAUGAGAGAGGCAGGAUACCAGUGUGUUGCAGUCGACCAGUCUGGCGCUGACUUUCAGGUCUUGCGGCCUUCUGACGCUGCCUCGACACCUCGGCUUGCCAUAUUCUUCGCUGGGGAGCAGAGCCGCCAGGAGGUGCUCGACUCAUGCGAUCUCCAGGUGCGGCUGCCACAGCGUGGCUUUGCCAGAUCCCAGUCUUUGGGCACAUCAGUGGCGCUGGUCCUGUCCUCUCUCAGGGCUUUUGGAAUGCUGUCCGAGCCGCUAACGGACGAAGAGCAGCAGCACUUGUGGAUGCACUGGUUACUACAGCUGCAAGGCAAAGCUCUGCAAGGCGGCGCCAGUCGAAUGGUGUCAGCACUGCUGGCUGCUGGUGCCCUGAACGUGACACCAACAGGCGUGACGGUUUGGACGCUCGACUUUUGGACGGGCCUCAGAGAUGAAGCGGACCGCCAGAAGUUCUUCUCGGAUUUGAAAAUACUGGCUGUGGCUGGAGACAAUGACAGUGAGAGGACACAAGCAGCUAUGCGCGCUAGGCUUUUGAAUGCCGAUUGCCCGUAUGGACUGACAUUGCCCAUAGAUGUGACUUGGCCGAUUGUGCCAGACGAUGUAGCUCACAUGGUGGAGCCCGUUACACUACUGAAACUCAUUGCAGUGGUCUAUUCCUACUUGCCACUUAUACCCGUUUUUUUCAUUACAGCAGAGUUCUUGGUUUGUCGCGGGACCAGACAACUCUGGAUCCUCAUGUGGCUCGGCAUAAUCUGCAGCGUCAAUGAGGGCAUUGUCAAGAAGCUGAUCUCGGAGCCCCGCCCGGGCAGCAUGAUGGAGCUGCGCGGAGACCACGGCCUGUUGGAAGGCUCUUGCGUGAUCAGCUGUGGCAUGCCAUCCAGCCAUUCGGCGAUUGCCAUGGGAUGGUUUAUACUGUCAAUAUUGGAUGCAACAGCUCGAACGCAUUUGAGCCCACGAGAUGAGGAUUCUGUGCCAAGCCGAAACAGGGGCCGUUCUCUUUUGGCGACGGAGCGGAAGAAAGUUGUUGACUUCAUGAAGAAUUUCUGCCUGGUGCCAUGGGUCAAGAAGGAGGUCCUAACAGUCAGGGAGUUCAUCUCCUUUACCCUCUUCUGGUUCUUCCUUAUGGUGCCGGUACCCUUCAUGAGGGUGGUCUUGAAGGAUCACACAGCAAAUCAGGCAGUCGCGGGCUCUGGCCUGGGAGUCCUUCUUGCCAUGCUGUGGUGGCGGACCGUGAGGGUGCUUCAGCGCAGGUACAGGGACUUGGAAGGCUGUGAUAUCUGGCAUGGCCUGAUACGUCACGACUAUUGUCUUCCGAUUCCUGAACGUGAUGACAGGGAUGUGAGGCAGAAUCUAGAACUGGGUCACCGCACGCACACGACAUUCUGA